AUAACCUGAGAACAAAUGACCAAUCAGAGCGUUCAUAGUAAUAAACAUUAGAAAAGAGAAAGGAGGCUCGAUCGAACCGGAAAUAGAAAAUCACGGACGCAUUGCGUCAUAUUUUUCCACUUUCCAGUUCCGUCAACAACGCACAAGGGAGUUUGAAAACAUUAAUUGUCCUCGGGUUAUUUUAAUUUCCUUUAGUUCAACUCAAUCACAGCAAUCAGUGCACUUCCAGGAUAUUUGAAUCAACUCUGAGAUUCUAAUUUUCGUGACGGAAGGCAUGUUCCUGGGUAUGUUGAUGUGAGCUCCAGCUGUGAGGGUAAUACGGAUUCAGGGCACGAUUCAGUGAUACGCUCGAGGUAUUUUGUAAUAAUAAUAGCUCUAGAAGGAAAAAGAACUUGGUCAUAUUCUUAAUCAUCUGAUAAAUAAAAUGCCAGUUUCCUUGCGAUAUUGGUCGUGUGAACUGUUUGGAUUUCGCUGACCCUGGGAUAUCAACAAUCGUGUUGCUAGUGAUUAUAGUCCAGAUGGCCCUGGGAGUUGUGCUAUAUCUGUUGGAAUUCUCGUUUUUUGGAGAUUCCUAUCUCUCUCGAAAAGUAUAAGAGCACUCUAAAUAUAGAAAUCUUCGAAGAUAACCGAGAGAACUGGCUCGAUUAGUGGUUUCUACGAAAAGCGCGGGAAAGAAUUCCGUGACUUUAUCACGCCACUUAGCCUUGGUUGAAUGAAAAUCAGGACAAAAAUCACUGGCCCUUCUGUGAUCACAAAAGCACGUUAUCGUAAGCAUCACGGUGCAGCUGGGCUUACUACAACCCUUGGGGUACCCCCUUCCAUUGUUGCGGCAUGCGACAUGUAGACACCCCUAAUAAUCUUAGGGAGGCUAUGUACCUCAAAUAUAUUGCAUCGAUAUGAAACACAGACUUUUUUUUGCCUAAUUUAGUUUGUAGUAUACGAAACGCACGUCUUGAUACUUUAAACUAUCCUUUGUGGGCUGAGGUGAGUGUGAUUACCUUUGCAAGACAACAUGCCCAGCCUCCUUCCGAUCAGCACGUCUUGAAGAAUCUGGGUACAAGUUAAGUCUUUCCAUCAUCUCGUCUGGGGAGGAGGUCACGAAGAUUACCUGUCCUAAUCCAGCACCACUAUUUCAAUGAUGCCUCCACUUCCCAUUGUGUGGUGCUGCGCAACGCCCCCUACACCAAUUAGUUCUUAUAUUUUACGACUGUAUACCGAACACUUCACCGGUGAUUUCACUCUCCUUGACCAAGUGCCCCUCACUGACCUGAGCGAAAAGGAACGAGAGAACGUACUAGGGAUACUGUGUACCGGAGGUUUUGCACAAUCGAAAGUCAUCCUGGGCAAAGAGAUAAUGGAUUCGCUGCCUAAUUUAAAAGUGAUAAGUACUCCGAGCACAGGCAUAAAUCAUAUUGAUAUGGAAGCAGCUUCUGCACGUGGAAUCCGUGUAGGCCACACGCCAGGACAUUUCUUAAGUGACAGCGUCGCAGAUUUUGCAUUCGGGUUACUUUUGGCUUCUGCAAGAUCUAUUAUAGAUGCAGACAAAGUAGCCAAGUCAUCAAAUAUUACUUCUUUUCAGCAUCUUGCUCAGUUUAUUCCUCCUGGUCAUCAAGUAACUGGAUCUACUAUUGGCAUUGUUGGUUUGGGAAACAUUGGAAGAGCUGUUGCUGAACGGGCUAAUGGUUUUAAAAUGAACAUCUUGUAUCACAGUCAGACUCGAAAAGAAGAACAGGAAAAAUAUUUAGGGGUUAAAUUCUGUGCAGAACUGAAGGCGCUCUUGACAGAAUCAGACUUUGUAGUCUUGUGUGUACCACUCACAGCACAAACCAAGAACUUAAUUUCAUCUAAGGAGUUCAGUUAUAUGAAGCCCACAGCAACCCUGAUCAAUGUAGGCCGUGGGGGAACUGUCAAUCAUGAUGAUCUCACUACAGCAUUACAGAACGGAGUUAUCAAAGCAGCUGCCCUGGAUGUGACGGAACCAACAUCACUUCCAAGGGAUCACCCACUGUUAACCAUGCCAAAUGUGAUUCUUAGUCCACAUAUUGCAAUGUAUACAGCAAGCGCUCUAGAAAAAUCGUGGUUUACUGUACUCGAACAUGUGAAGGCCGGAAUCAAAGGCGAAGAACUACUUUACCCAGUGAACUGAGUCAGUCUACUGAUAAAGCUUGGCAAAUAUAUUUAAUACCAAUUAAGUUAAGAGAAUAUUCUUUUCAAAAAGGUAGUGGUUUGGAAGGUUAUAGAACACAUGCUUCUUGUAACAUAAUUUCUGUCAAGGGACCACUUAAUAUUUUUAAAAACAAAAACAUUUUCAGUUCUUUGUCAUGUUUUAAAUGCUACUAGUGUCCCUGUUAAACUUUUUUACUGAAAAAUAAACGCUGCCUAUGAAGAAGAAUCAGAAGAUUUGUUCUCUCAAGACCCUUUGAUGACUGCAUUGUCCUAUAAACCACACACCCUGAAGGUAAUAUUUUCACACCAGCAUAAUAUCAUAAAUUCAUAAUAAUAACACAAAUUAUAAUCCAUCUAAUAUUUUAAUUCGCACAUGAUUGGUCUAAAAGUGCCACAUGACUGAAUAUUCCCCAACUACAACUGGGGAAUAUCUGAGUAAUAUUCCCCAAUUUUCAAAACUGCGCCAUGUUGCAAAAAAUAUAUGAAGGAUAGUAAACACAAGCCUCCACUUGGUGCGAAAAUAUGCUCACAUAUUUGUCCUUGGACAUUAUCUGUUGCUCAAAGCUCACGAUAUUUUCCACAAGCUACGUUCUCGAAAAAAUGUUUGCUUCUUGGAACAGAUAAUGUCCGCAGAAAAAUAUCUGAACAUAUUUCCGUGCCAAGAGACCAUGAUCUAAGAGAACACAUCCCCCAUACACGGGCCUCUUCCAAUGAUAAUCUUUUUCAAUCUAAUUUUAGUGCUUGGUCAAACUGUGAGGCUAUUUUAGUAAAGACACCCAGUUGGCCUAUUUAAUUGAUGUAAUAACACUGAAAGUUUAAUUUUGACAGUUAAUCAAAUAUGCAAAAACUUGCACCUGGAUCUUUGGAGUGCAGUUCAUAAAGACAGAGGGAGAAAAAUUCUAACUGUCUGGCACUUUAAAAGAGCUUUCCAAAGAUAUCUUAUUCACUUUAGGCCAUUCAGUACUUUUUGAGAACGACUUUAGAGUGGGUUAGAAUGGAAUUCUUGUCAGCAACUAUAGCGCCUAAUGAGAAUCAGUCAUGGAGAGAAAGGACAAGAUUAAUAAUUUUUGAAGUAAACUGAGGAUAAACACAUAGAAGAUAAUUUUCCUGCCCAGCACUUUGAAAAUGCUUUUCAAAGAGGCCUCUUUCGAUCCAAACAAUGUGGUAGUUCCAGGGAAACUGUUUUUUCGCUUUGGACAUCCAAACUCUGGUAAAUAUUACACAGCACUUUCGAAAUUAAUUAUGUAAAAAUUUGCAUCCGUAUUUUUGGAGCGAAAGUUCUAACAAACUGAAAACAAGUAUUUUAGCUGUCCUGCGUUUUGAAAAACCUUUCAAAAGAGAUGUUUUUCAAUUUAAUCCGUUCAGUACUUUUCGAGAAACGACUUUCAAACGUGUUUAUUGGAAUGCAAUUCUUGUCAGCAGCCAUGGCAUGGUGCCUCAUGUGAAUCAGUCAUGCAGAGAAAUGACAAGACUUAUUUUUGAAGUAGACUUAGGAUAAACACAUUGAAGAUAAUUUUCCUGCCCGGCACUUUGAAAAGGCUUUCUAAGGAGAACUCUCUUGAUCCAAACGUUGAGGUAAGUCUGGAGAAGCAGCUUUUCUCGCUGGGGACAUGCAAACCUGGUAAAUAUUACACAGCACUUCCGAAAUCAAAUAUGCAAACAUUUGCACCAGUUGUUUCAAAGCAAAAGUUCUAACAAAUGCGAAACAAAUAUUUUAGCUGUCUGACUUUCGAAAGAGGUACUUUUCGCAUCAAUCCGUUAGGUACUUUCCAAGAAAUGACUUUCAAGCAGGUUAGAAAUUAGAGUCUUGGCGCUUUGUGUUAAUCAUUCAUACAGGGGAAUUAAUUUUUUAACUUUGGAGAAGCAUGUAUAAUUUUCCUGCCCUGUGAGCACUUUGAAAAUAUUUCCAAUGCUAACAGUGUGGUAUACAUGUAGUUCAAAACAAACUUAUUUUUUCUCUUAACCCGCCAGAUUUUCAAUUUGGUAUUUACUAUAGUAGUCGCGACCCGAUGACACUUGGCCAUUGCCUGCACGAUCUUGGGACCGAGACUAAAAAUAACUUUGACAACGUGAUGUGAAGCUUAAAAUAGAUUGAAAAAGAUUAUCAUAGGGCACGGGGAUGUGUUCUCUCACCUCGUUUUCUCUUGUCCGCACCAAAUGGAGGCUAUUGUUUAUAUAAUCUUAAAGACUGGUUUUUGACAUGUUAAGGCUCAGACUGAAAAACACCAAGGUAAGGGAUUUGAGAAGAAAGUUAACAAAUUAG